AUGUCAGAACAACCUCUAUGGCAAGAGACACCCUUGAUUAUUUCGAGUGGGAUCUCGAAAAGGCUUGGAUGUAAUGCACAUCUCAAACUUGAAAACCUUCACCUGUCCCAUUCGUUCAAGUAUCGAGGGAUUUCCCACUUCAUCCAACAAGCAAAAUCUACACACGGCCCCUCGGUGCAUCUUGUGGUCGCAUCUGGGGGGAAUGCUGGGCUCGCAGCAGCCUGCGCAGCCAAUGCACUCAACGCCAGGUGCACCGUAUUCAUCCCGGACGGAGCAAACCAGUCCACUAUUGCUCUCUUGGAGAGACAGAAUGCAGACGUCGUUGUCGGAGGUGCGUCAUAUUUGUAUGCCUUGGAAGCGGCGCGUGAGAUGGUGAAGGCAGAAGCGAAGGCAGUGCUCGUGCCAGCAUACGAAAACAAGGUUGUGUGGGAAGGCCACGCGUCGAUGAUCAAGGAAAUAUAUACACAAUUAGUGGACAAACCGGACGCAAUAUUUUGCAGCGUUGGAGGCGGGGGUCUGUUAGGCGGGCUUAUCCUCGGAUGCGAGGCAGUUGGCUGGGACGACGUUCCAAUAGUCACCCUUGAAACUAUCGGAACGGACUGUUUCUAUCACACUAUGCGGCUAAACCGCCAUCCUUCACACGACCUACCAGCAGACGCCAGCGCCGUCAAGGAUGAUGAAUAUGGCUUGACGUUGGCAUUUUUCCAUAGAUUUUCGUCGCACGCUUCCGGAUCCCUUGGAGCUUCAUCGCCGUCGCCGGGGGUCGUCAAGAUGGCGUUGGAAAGGAAGGGAGGGGUUCGAUGCGUGACAAUUCCGGAUGAGCUAGCUAUGCAAGCCGCUAUGGAUUUCGCUGACGACCAUAAGAUGCUCGUUGAAUUGGCUUGCUCGACCACACUCGUGCCCGCUUACAAACCAUCGCUGUUCGCAAGACUCGUUCCUUUGAGUGCCAAGAAUGUGGUGUUCGUUGUAUGUGGCGGCUUCAAGGUAUCCCUGUCGGACAUGAGGGAGUAUAGGGGCAUUGUAGACGGGGAUUUGAAAGGCGAGGCCGGAUCUUGGAACGUAUUUUGCGAUGGCGAGGUGAUCAAAGUGGAGAAAUAG